AGCCCGAGCCGGAGCGAGAGCGCGAGAUCAGGAGGGGGAUUUCCAGCGCGAGCCCCCACUUCCCGACCAGUCGUUGUUUCUCUUUCGGUCUGGACCCAGAAACAGAAAAAAAGACGGAUUCACUUUCCUUUUUCCUCCUAAAUCUUUAAACACGGUCAUCGGACAAGACUGAGGCCGCUUCUGUUGAUGUGACGGUCGGACUGAGGAGCUCCAGGAUCCGGACUAACAGGUAACGGUUGAUUUCCGCAUUUAACGCUGUUGACUCCGGGACGACAUGACGGCCAGGACUACAGACUCUCAGCCCCCCAGAACUACAGACCGAGGAGACACGAUGCCGGUGGAACGGAUGAGGAUGCGGCCAUGGCUGGAGGAGCAGAUCAACUCGUGUCAAAUCCCAGGCCUUAAAUGGGUCAACAAAGAGAAGAGGAUCUUUCAGAUCCCAUGGAUGCAUGCUGCUCGUCACGGCUGGGACCUGGAGAAGGACGCUCCGCUGUUCAUGAGAUGGGCCAUCCACACUGGUAAAUACCAGCCUGGCGCAGACCGCCCAGAUCCAAAGACAUGGAAGGCGAACUUCCGCUGUGCCAUGAACAGCCUCCCAGAUAUCGAGGAGGUGAAGGACAAGAGCAUCAAAAAGGGAACCAAUGCCUUCAGGGUGUAUAAGAUGCUCUCGUCCUCAGAGAGGAGCAUGAAGAAAGGAAAGAAGAGGACAGACAAGGAGGGGAAGGCCAAGGGAAACCAGGAGGCUGGUUCUCCAGGCAGGACUCCCUCCACUGGUGGAGUUAUCGACUACUCCAAACAGGAAACCAUCAAACAGGAAGUCAUGGAGCCAACAGUAACAGGAAGUGCCUCAGGUAUCCUCCACUGAUCUUUGUCUUCGGAGUGUUUUGGUUCG